AUGGCGUCAGGCGAUAAGACUCAGCAUUAUGAAAUGCUCGGAAAGUCCCUUUUCAAGCUCUACGAAACCGAGAUGUAUUCCGAUCUGAAAGUCGCUUGCGGAGGGGACAUUCAUAAAGUCCACAAGGCAAUUAUUUGCCCCCGAUCUACCUUUUUCACGGCCGCUUGUAAUGGAAACUUCAAGGAGGGUUUGGAGGGUAUGAUCAACCUUCCGGACGACGACCCGACCGUAGUCCGCGAAAUGAUCUAUUACCUUUAUAGCUUGGACCUCGUUGGUUAUGAGUUCAGACCCGAGGAUGGCAAUUACGUCGAGGAGGAUCUCUCGGACACGGAGUACGACGACGAGACGAUGCGACGCUUGCAACGACAGCACCACAGAUUCGUGGAGCAUAGAUUCGUGGGCAAACGAAGAGUGAAGGGACUUGUCGCUAAGCUUGGAGUCCGCAUUGGACCCCCAAAGAACCUACCUUUGUUCGCAAAGGUCUAUGCCAUUGGAGAGAAGUAUGGCAUUCCGGGUUUGAAGGCCAUCGCGCUGAGCAAGUUUGAGAUACUCGCCAAAGCCUAUGCCAAUACCAACGAGUUUCGCAUCGCAGCGGAGGAAGUUUACACCUCCACUAUUGACCAGGAUCGCGGCAUGCGAGAUGUUGUUGUCAAGACUGUGGAGGAGAACGUUGCGCUGCUCAACGACGCAGAGUUCGAAGCUCUCGCCAAAAACACUGAGUUGGGUCACGAUCUUCUGAUGAAGAUCACUUCAACUCACCGUGCAGCACUGCAGGUUAGAGAAGUCUAG